AUGAAUGCUCCAUUGAGUUUUCUUGGAUCCCUUGUUGUGGCUUUGUUCAUUUCCUCCUAUACAAAAGCAGCAGCUCUAGGUGAUUUGAAUAUCAAGAGAUCUGAUUUUCCAAGAGAUUUUCUUUUUGGAGCUGCUACUUCAGCCCAACAAAUUGAAGGGUCAGGAAACCAAGGAGGGAGGACACCAAGUAUUUGGGACACCUAUGCUGCUACCCCAGGCAACAUUAGAGAUGGAAAUAACACUUUGACUGCAACUGAUUCAUACAAACGAUAUAAGGAAGACAUAAAGCUCUUAAAGGACCUAGGAGUCGAUUCUUACAGAUUUUCCAUUUCUUGGUCCAGAAUUUUGCCAAAGGGUUCAUUAAGCGGUGGAAUAAACCAAGAGGGUAUUGAUUACUACAACAAUUUGAUCAAUGAACUAAUAGCAAAUGGGUUGAAACCAUUUGUGACAAUAUUACAUUUUGACACACCUCAAGCUCUUGAAGACAAGUAUGGUAGCUUUUUGAGUCCCCAAAUUGUAAAUGACUUCAAGGACUAUAGUGAACUUCUUUUCAAAACAUAUGGAGACAGAGUAAAACACUGGAUAACAAUUAAUGAACCAUUUGUGGUGGCACUUGGAUAUGACUUAGGGAAAGGUGCACCGGGAAGAUGUUCAUUGCCGCCGCCCGCCGGUCCAUGUCCGGCCGGUAACUCAUCCAUUGAACCUUACAUUGUAGGCCACCACUUUGUCCUUUCUCAUGCUGCAGCUGCAAAGCUCUAUAAACAAAAGUACCAAGCACAACAAGGAGGAGAAAUUGGAAUUGUUGUUGUUGGAGAGUAUAUGGAGCCUUUAAACAACACACCAGAUGACAUAGCAGCUGCAGAAAGAUACUUGAAAUUUCUUUUUGGAUGGCAUUUGGAACCACUGAUAUAUGGAGAUUAUCCAAAAGUGAUGAGAGAAUAUGUUGGUGAGAGGCUACCAAGUUUUACUUUGGAAGAGAAGAAUUUGGUAAAGGGAUCAUUGGAUUUUAUUGGUGUCAAUUACUAUACAUCUAGAUAUGCCUUUAAAACUGAUAAACCAGACCAAAAUAAACACUAUAUUGGAGAUUCCUUAGUAACACUAGCAGUUGAUAAAAAUGGAGUUCUAAUAGGUCCCAAGUCUGAAGGGAGUGGAUAUGUGUACAGUUAUCCACGAGGGCUACAGAAAGUUUUGGAGUACAUGAAGAUAAAAUACCAAAAUCCCACUAUUUACAUCACAGAGAAUGGAUAUCCAGAUGGAAAUAUCCCAGAAAGACCUCUGAAAGAAUCACUUAAAGACCCAGCUCGGAUCAACUAUAUUCUUCAGCAUUUGUACUACACUAAUCAAGCAAUGAAGAAUGGUGUAAAUGUGAAAGGUUACUUCUAUUGGGCACUAUUAGACAACUUUGAAUGGGGAAGUGGGUAUAAAGUGAGAUAUGGAUUAUACUUUGUUGAUUAUAGUGAUAAUUGUAGACGUUAUCCCAAACAAUCUGCUUUAUGGCUUCCUACAUUCUUGAAAGGAUCUGUAAAUAGGCUUACACAAAAAGCCCAUUACCCGGCCCAACGUGUAAAACCUACCCGAAAAGCCCAUUUUCCAGCCCGACGCAUAAGACCUACCCGAAAGGCCCAUUUAACGGCCCGACGGGUAAAACCCACCCCACCCGCCUUUUCAAAACUCAAAACUCGCCCGAGUUGAAUCAACUCGGGCGAAUCUCACUACAUCCAAAACUAAUUUGUCUCUUCACCCUUGCACCUCACAUCUUUCACCCUAGGAUUCGCAACAAAAACUCUCGUUCGAAUUAUCAUUUUCACCGUUGAUAGACCCGACAAAAAACCGCACCGCCAUAGUGCGCACGGUAGCAAGAAACUCACCUCCACCACCACCACCAGGUUUUUUAACUUUGUUUUGUUGUUGCAUUUAUGAAUUGAUGUUCUAGUGUUCUACAAAUAAAAUGUAAAUAGGUAUGUGGUUUCUCUAUAUUGAAAUGUGUACUUAUUACUUUGUUACAAAAAAUACGUCUUUGUAAAGGUUGGCAUUGUUCAAAAAAGCCCACUAUUAUGCACUUUGAAGGCUAAAAGUUUAAAAACUUCUAUAAAUAUAUAUUUAAAUGGAACUUUAUCAAUCUAAAUUAGUAUUUUCUAA